AUGAUUGAUAAAGGGUGGGUGAAAUUGACAAGAACGAGUGUGGAUUAUAAGGCUGGGUUGCAAGAGUUCCUUCUACAUUCUGUGAGUGUUGUUGCAGAUUCUUUUGGACGUAUUAAGUGUCCAUGUAAGAAGUGUCGCAAUGGACAGGUUCGGCUUCCUCCCGAAGUGGUCAGAGAUCACUUAAUUGUUCAUGGUAUGUUUCCACCUUACGAAGAUGGGCUUUGGGUAGAUCAUGGUGAAGAUUUACCUAAUCCAAAUUUUCAGGAAAAUAUAGAAGUAGAAGUUGAUGAUGAUCUCCCUAUGGAUACUGACAUGAUGGACCUGUUGGCUGAUGCUUUUCGGGGUGACAAUGCAACAUUUGAACAACACAAUGUUGAAGAAGGUGAACCAGCGAAUGUGCGAUCUGAGGACCAAGAGCAAUUUCUCAAAUCAUUCAAAGAUGCUGAGACAAGCUUGUAUCCUGGUUCGAAGAUGUCCAAGUUAGAGUUUCUCAUCAGAUUUUUCCAAGUCAAGUGUUUGUCACGUAUGACAGAUAAAGCACUUACAUUGAUGUUAAAGUUGUUUAAAUCUGUUCUACCUGAUGGAAAUACCUUGCCAAGCACCUUUUAUCUGGCUAAAAAGUCCAUAACAGAUCUUAGCUUGACGUACCAAAAAAUAGAUGCAUGUCCGAACGAUUGCAUGCUUUAUUGGAAAAACAAAGCUCACCUUCACAAGUGUGAUGAAUGUGGUGUUAGUCGGUAUAAAGAUGCAGUUGUUGAGGAGGGAGAACAACAAAAAAAAGUCUCUGCAAAAGUUUUGAGGUAUUUCCCGUUGACACCAAGAUUACAGCGGCUUUAUAUGUCAAGACAUACUUCAGAAAAUAUGGUGUGGCAUGGGACUAAGAAACCCAAUGAUGAUUGUAUGCGACAUCCGGCUGAUUCUCCAGCUUGGAAAGAGGUGGAUAAGCUAUAUCCAUCUUUUGCUAGUGAUUUCCGCAAUGUUCGGUUGGGGUUAGCAAGCGAUGGUUUUAAUCCAUUUGGGCAUUUGAGCACCUCUCAUAGCACAUGGCCAGUAGUUCUGACUGUAUAUAAUCUCCCUCCUUGGUUGUGCAUGAAAAAACCAUACAUUAUUUUGUCCCUGCUAAUUCCUGGACCCAAGGCUCCGGGUAUGGAUAUAGAUGUAUAUUUAGCUCCUUUGAUUGAUGAACUGAAGACUCUUUGGGAUGUUGGUGUUCCUACAUUUGAUAUGUUCACAAAACAGACAUUCACAAUGAGAGCGGUCCUGUUAUGGACGAUUAAUGAUUUUCCUGCAUAUGCAUAUCUAUCUGGAUGGAGUACUAGUGGUAAAAAGGCUUGUCCCUUUUGCAAUCAUGACCAUUCUUCAUGCCGAUUGAAAUAUGGACAGAAACAAUGUUACAUGGGUCAUCGCAGAUUUCUAAGCAGCCAUCAUAGAUUUCGUAAGGAGUCUAGACAAUUUAAUGGCAAAGAAGAACACAGGCCAGCUCCGAAACCACUUUCAGGUAGACAAUGUCUUCUCCAAUUAUCCAAGUUGAAGUUCAAGUAUGGCAAAUGGAGCUCAAAAUCUGGUCCUCGACGAAAGAAAUCUGAUCCAAAACUAAAGAAAGGGCCUUGGAAAAAGCACAGUAUCUUCUACGAUUUACCUUAUUGGGCUGACCUACUUAUUCGGCACAUUUUAGAUGUCAUGCACAUUGAGAAGAACUUUCUUGAGAUCUUGUUGGGUACUUUGCUGGGUAUAGAUGGAAAAAACAAGGAUACUCUGAAAGCAAGGGCUGAUUUAGAAUGGUUGAAGAUCAAGCCAAACCUACAUCCAGUUAGAAAAGGUACCAAAACUUAUCUGCCCCCUGCUAGUUUCACCUUGACUAAGGCUGAAAAGAUUUUGAUUUGUCAAGUGUUAGCUUCAUUUAGACCCUCUGAUAGCUACUCAUCAAACAUUGCCAACUGCAUCAAGGUUAAUGAGGCCAAGUUAACCGGAUUAAAGAGUCAUGAUUGUCAUAUAAUUAUGCAACAAUUAUUACCAAUUGCUAUUCGAAAAGUGCUUCCGGUACAAAUCUGUAAGGUAUUGUUGGAGCGCAUCUUUCCCCCUGCAUUUUUUGUCAUUAUGAUCCAUUUGCCUAUCCACUUGGCUUAUGAAGCGUCGAUUGCUGGACCUGUUUUCUAUAGAUGGAUGUAUCCAAUUGAGAGGUACUUGGGGACAUUAAAGGGUUAUGUGCGUAACAGAAGUCAACCGGAAGGAUCAAUUGCUGAGGGUUACAUUGUAGAUGAGUGCUUGUCAUAUUGCUCUAUGUACUUAGACGAUAUGGAAACACAUCAUAAUCGUUCCGGUCGGAAUGCAGAUGGGGAAGCCCGUGAAUUCCCUACUGGUUAUUCCAUCUUCCUGAACGCAGGUCGUUCUGUCCAAGGUAAAGGUAAGGAUGUCCACUUGAAUUAUGAUGAGUGGGAUCGUCUGAGACGACAUGUUCUUUCUAAUUGUCCAGAAGUUCAGCCAUUUCGAGAAGAACAUAGAGCCAAUGGGAGGGCCAACAAAGGAAGACGGACAUUAUGGCAAGCUGAUAAAGACUCAAAUGCAUCAUUUCCUCAGGCAUUCAAGGACCAUGUUUGUAGCAUGCAAGCGAGUGGAGUUCAAGGAGAUAUUCAUCCCGACUUGUUGGCAUUGGCUAAAGAUCCAAGCCAAUGGUGUAAAACUUACACCAAAUAUGUUGUUAAUGGUUACAGAUUUCGUAUUAAUCGUGUGGAUCGGAAAAAGAGUACACAGAACAGUGGUGUGUUUGUGAAUGCUAAUGUCAAUAGUUAUACCAGCGUCCAUGAUCGAAACCCGAGGGAUGGGUUGCAAGACUACUAUGGAAAGCUUGUAAAUGUUAUCGAGCUUCAGUACGAUGAUGGCCGAAAGAUAGUAUUAUUUGAUUGUGACUGGGUUCAGAGUGGCGGAAAUUCUGCAGGGCUGAAAACUGAUCAAUAUGGAUUCACAUUGGUGAACUUUAACAAACUACUUCCCCCAGGCGACACGCUCAUACUUGCAUCUCAAGCAGAACAAGUCAUCUAUGUGCAAGAUCCGAUUGACAAGGAAUGGCAGGUUGCUAUUAAAACCAAACCACGAGACUUACUUGACUUGGUAGAGGUUGCACACACUGACCCCUGUCAUCCACAAGACCUAGAUGAUCCUUUGCUUGAUGGUAUCGAGGUUGAGAUGAGAGCUGAUAUACCUGGAGUAACAAUGAAUCAAGAAUUACCACCUGUAGUUGCUUAUGUUCCGGAGCUAGAGAGUUCUGACACCAGUUCCGAAGGCGAGGCUUGA